UUCUUCUCAUCCCACCCCUCAUGCCUCAUGUAGCCGUGUACAGAGCCCCCUUCCAGCUAGGUCGGCCGGGGCGCCGGUCCGCCAUGGCUAGCGAGUCACGCUACGGCCUGGACUACAUCGUCGAGAACCCGGAGUACACGCAGAAGCUCGCGGCGGCGCUCGACACGCCCAACGCCCUCGUCAAGAAGCAGGUGUUUGAGCUGCUGUCCGCGCUAUGCGUCUACAAUGCGGACGGCUACGCGCGCUCGCUCGACGCCCUCGAGCACUACAAGGUGGGAGACGACGAGGUGGCUCGGAGGAGCGAAGGGAAGGACAAUCAAGAAGCACGUUGUGCUAUGAAUUUUGCGACAUUUUGAGAUUCAGUUUAAUUUUCAUCUUACGUGUGAUAUGUAUGUGGCCACAUAUUUAAACCAAGACUUUGCACACGAAAAAGUAACAAUAAUUUACUAAAACGUGCCAACGUAAAUAAUGUAGAUUACGUUAACAUGUUAAUCAACGUGCAAACGCGCAUCUGAAGGAUUCAAAUACCCAUAGCUAAGCAUAAUUAUACACACAUGGUGGGUGUUCUAAGCCGUACUUUUUUCUGGUCGUACUACUGUACCGGAUGCAGGCGUGCGGGCGGGUUGCAUACUCGCACAGGGCCGUAUAGGCGCCGUAGUGAGGGUCGGUAGCCAAGCCCGCACGCCUGCAUGCGAUGCGUUAUAACCUGAAAAAUGCAUGGCUUUGAACGUAGAACAUGCACCCUGUAUUGUGGCCAGGUCGCAAAGUU